CUUGAAGUGAAGCUCCAACAUGGUACUUCUACAAACUGACCUGUUUUUGACUGAGCUUACAACCAUGUUCGAGCAUGCCAUAGAGAAAGGUUCUAUUUGGGUUACUUUCAAGCGCUCAUCCAUGAAGUCAAAGGCACAAAGGAAGAAGAAGGCCUCAAAAAAUGAACAACUUGAAUACAAAUGCCUUAUUCGGGCAACCAAUGGAAAGAAAACCAUUUCGACUUGGGUGGGGCCAAAUGAACAUCAGUGCUUUCAAGCUUCAUAUGCAGCUAUCCUAAAGGCCCAGAUGACUGUUUUCUUUCCAGAAGAGGAGCCAGAAUGGGUGGCAGACCUGCUAGGGGAAGAUGAGCCAGAAGAGGUGGUGGGGGACCCUUCACCGGGGCCUCACCCAGAAGAAUCACACCCUUAAUGCAUCCUUAAGUGUGGAUUGUCUAUGGUAUAGCUGCUGCUGUAGUUUCUUUAUCCUUUGGUUUGAAUUCUGCCUUACUUUAGUUGCAUUCCUAUCUCGUUUGGUAUUGUCCUGUUGUGUUGUGUUGUGUUAGGAAUGCAAUAUCGAUAAACAUAGUGUUUGGUAAU